CAAGCUCCAUUCCCUCUUUGAUUAAUCUUUAAUUAUUAUUAAACAAAUCAUAUAAAAUUGCAAGUCUACAACCCAUAAACAUUACCAAUCCCAUUAAUCUCGCCUAUCUUCAGGUUUCUCUCUUUCAUAAAUCUUGAAUCCAAUCUCAUUAACCUUGAUAAUCCGACACAUCCCCGACCCCUCCAAAAGAGUAUGUAAAUCAUUAAUCAAAAUCCCAUACUUAGCCGGACCCCAUAGUUUUUUUGGUGUCUUAAUUAUUAUUAAUGGCAUCUCUGUUAUUUUCUUCUGUUUCAAGAAGUUUUUGUGUUUUCUUCUUUGGUAGUAGGGUUGAAUACUUUAAAACUGCUUGAUCUGAAAAAUUUUUCUAGGUUUUUUUAUUCUAUACUUGCAAUUUUCUGAGGGAAAAAAAAGAAGGAAAGAUGAAUGUGUCGAAGUCUCGGGUGUGGCAGCCUUGCAAAAAGAAGAGGCUUUAGAAUCUAGGAAACCAGAAAUUAUUGAAAAGAAACCUUUUUUAUCUAGAGAGAAAGAGGGAGGGAAAAGAAACAGGAAAAAAAAUGGAUGGGAUUUGUAUCGGAAAAUCGGCGUAGUCCACGAGAAUAACCAGUGUUGAUUGAAUCGGUACACACAGAGAUAUACAAGGAGAGAGAUACGGUGCUUGGGCAUGGCGAUGUCAUCGAGAUUAAGCGGCGGUAGCAGUGGCGGAAGUGGGAGGACGCGCGUAGGGAGGUACGAACUGGGUAGGACGCUGGGCGAAGGGUCAUUUGCAAAAGUGAAGUUUGCAAGGAAUGUUGAGACAAAUGAGAAUGUGGCCAUCAAGAUUCUCGAUAAAGAAAAAGUUCUUAAGCACAAGAUGAUUGGCCAGAUUAAGCGCGAAAUCUCCACCAUGAAAUUAAUCAGACACCCAAAUGUCAUCCGCAUGUAUGAGGUUAUGGCCAGCAAAACGAAGAUAUAUAUUGUUAUGGAAUUUGUUACUGGAGGUGAACUCUUUGACAAAAUUGCUACUAAAGGCAGGCUGAAAGAAGAUGAAGCAAGAAAAUAUUUUCAGCAGCUAAUCAAUGCAGUAGAUUACUGUCACAGCAGAGGUGUUUACCACAGAGACCUGAAGCCAGAGAAUUUAUUGUUGGAUGCCAAUGGAGUUCUUAAAGUUUCAGACUUUGGAUUGAGUGCUCUACCUCAGCAAGUUCGGGAAGAUGGGUUACUUCACACAACAUGUGGAACGCCAAAUUAUGUUGCUCCUGAGGUGAUCAACAAUAAAGGUUAUGAUGGAGCUAAGGCAGAUCUCUGGUCAUGUGGUGUUAUCCUUUUUGUCCUUAUGGCUGGCUAUCUGCCUUUUGAAGAAUCAAACCUUAUGGCAUUAUACAAAAAGAUAUUUAAGGCUGAAUUUUCAUGCCCUCCUUGGUUUUCCACCAGCGCAAAGAAAUUGAUCAAGAAAAUCCUGGAUCCCAAUCCGUCUACACGGAUUACAAUUGCCGAGGUUCUUGAGAACGAUUGGUUCAAGAAAGGAUAUCAGCCACCCGUUUUUCAACAAGAGGAUGCUAGUCUUGAUGACGUUAAUGCUAUUUUUAAUGAGUCAACGGAUUCUCCUAACCUCGUUGUGGAAAGGCGGGAGGAGCGCUCCACCACACCAGUGACAAUGAAUGCCUUUGAGCUUAUCUCCAAAUCUCAGGGUCUCGACCUUGGUUCUCUCUUUGAAAAGCAAAUGGGGCUCGUUAAAAGAGAAACAAGAUUCACAUCCAAAUGUCCUGCAAAUGAGAUAAUCUCAAAAAUUGAGCAAGCUGCGGUGCCUCUGGGGUUUGAUGUGAAGAAAAACAACUAUAAGUUGAAACUUCAUGGGGAGAAGACUGGGCGCAAGGGUCAUCUGUCAAUUGCAACAGAGAUUUUUGAGGUGGCUCCUUCACUUCAUAUGGUCGAGCUUCGCAAAGCUGGAGGAGAUACCUUAGAAUUUCACAAGUUUUACAAGAACCUCGCGACUGGGCUGAAAGAUAUUGUCUGGCAAUCAGGUGAUGAAGUGAAAGAUAAUGAAGUGAAUAGUGGUGCGGGUGGAGUUUCAUCUUGAAUAGUCUUUCUUUCAAGAUAUGUGCGUGGAUUUUCACCUUUUUUAUGUAAUAAGUUGUUAUGACAUGUAUCUAUAUUGUUUCGGGAGUCUACGAGUUACUAUUCUUGAAUAGUUUGUCCUUUAAACCUUUGAUAUAACUUAAGAAUAUACUUCAUAUUACUUGUUAUUAAGUUCCAUACGGAUCAAAUAGUAUUGAAAAUUGUUGUUUGUAUA